GUGGCGGUGGUGGUGGUGGCACUGCACCACCGCGCCUUGGACGCACCGCACGCAUCGCACUCUCUCUCAGACACCAUAGCAUAGCAUAGCAUAGUAAUAUAUAAUAAUUUAAUAAUAAGUUAUAAUAGUAUAGUAUAGUAUAGUCCAGUGUGUGUGUCGCCAUGCAGUCCGUGGUACCGCUCGCCUGCUUCCUGUCCCUCAUACGUCCCCCGGGCGUGCAGUACGAGAACGCGCUGCUGCAGCUGGCGCCGGUGGACAAGGCCAAGUGCCCCUACGUGCACGCCGGCACCGACGUCUCCUUCCACCUCUACACCAGACACAACCCGACGGUCCCGCAGCGGCUGGCGCUGGGCGACGACGAGCUGCUGUUCGCGUCCAACCUGCAGUGGAGCGCGCCCACCGUGCUCUACUUCCACGCCUUCAUGGAGCAGCCCGACGACGGCAGCGCCGUGGCCGUGCGGGAGGCGUACAUGCAGCGCGGCGACACCAACGUGAUCAUGGUGGACGCGGCGCGGCUGGAGGCGGGUCCGUGGUACCCGGCCGCGGCGCACAACACGUGGUUCGUGGGGCAGUACGCGGCGCGCCUGCUGGACUACCUGGCGGCGCGCGGCCUGCGCCUCAACCACACGCACCUGGUGGGCCACAGCCUGGGGGCGCACGCCGCGGGGGUGGCGGGGGGCGCGCUGCGGGCGGGUCGCGUCGCGCGCAUCACGGGGCUGGACCCCGCGCUGCCGCUGUUCCACGGGCUGCCCGCGGAGCAGAGACUGGACCCCAGCGAUGCGGAGUUUGUGGAUGUCAUACACACUGACGCCGGCAUCUUCGGCUACAAGCAGGCGCUGGGCCACGCGGACUACUUCCCGAACGGCGGCGCCAGUCCGCAGCCCGGCUGCGAGCUGGAGGCGGUGCUGCCGCAGCAGCUGCUGCUCAACAAGUGUGCGGGUAUGCUGCACCCGCGACAAUACUACGUGUUCGAGCUGACUGCACCGCCGGCGCCUGCCCACCGCCGCCACAAGCGGUUCCUGCCGGCGCUGCGUAGAGACACCAGUACUAGCAGUACCGACUCCUGGCCCUCGCUGGGCGCGCUGGGCGUGCUGGGCGCGCUGCUGCGGGGCGCGCCGCUCGUCAGCGUGGCGCGGGUCGUGUCCACCCGCGUCACGAGCGGCGCGGGCCAGCUCGCGCACGUCGCCAGGGAGACAUCGCGCUACGUGGGCCGCGACCCCGCCCCCCUGCCGGGGGUGGCGCUGGAGCUGGGGGGCGGUGGUUGGUGGGGGACGCUGCGGAAGCUGCUGGGGCUGGCCCCGCAGGGCGCGCGCCUCACCGUGGCGCCCUAACUGUGUCUACUGGGGCUGUGUACGGUAGCACGUAGACUGGCACCAUAUGUAUGUAUAGCACACGUAGUUUGGAACUCGCACAAGCUAUAGUAACCAGCUUGU